AAAAUACAGCAAAUAUAAUAUAGAGCCAGAGAAGUCGCCAGCAAAAACAAGGCUAGCUUCUGUUGAAGCACAAGUUGUACUUGUGUUUCAUCUCAAAUCGAUCAUCAAAAUACAGUAAUUAGGUGAAAUAGCUUCUCUGUUUGAAGCUUUACUCUCCAGUUUUCUUCUGAUUUGCGGAGAGGCAAAAUGGGACAAGCCUUUCGCAAGCUGUUCGAUACUUUCUUCGGCAAUUCUGAGAUGAGGGUUGUAAUGCUUGGCCUUGAUGCGGCUGGAAAAACAACUAUAUUAUACAAACUGCACAUAGGAGAAGUUCUAUCAACAGUUCCUACCAUCGGAUUCAACGUGGAAAAAGUACAGUACAAAAAUGUAAUUUUUACUGUGUGGGAUGUUGGUGGACAAGAGAAAUUAAGGCCACUGUGGAGGCAUUACUUCAAUAACACAGAUGGAUUGAUUUAUGUCGUCGACUCUUUGGAUCGAGAGAGGAUUGGAAAGGCAAAACUAGAAUUUCAGGCCAUCAUCAGAGAUCCAUUUAUGCUUAAUGCAAUCAUCCUGGUUUUUGCUAACAAACAAGACAUGAAAGGAGCAAUGACACCAAUGGAAGUGUGUGAAGGCCUUGGUCUCUAUGAGCUUAAAAACCGAAAAUGGCAUAUACAAGGUACAUGUGCUCUUAGAGGGGAUGGCCUAUACGAGGGAUUGGACUGGUUAGCCAGCACUUUGAAAGAACACAAGGCCGCGGGAUUCUCUUCAAUAGGCCCGUCCUUCUGAGUGAUCAGGCUUACUAACGAACUUGAACUUCUUUUCGAGGAGCAUCACUGAACAUCUGGCUAUUUAUAAAUUGGAGGAUCAUGAUCUCGCAAUGACAGUGUUUAUCCUUCUCUUCUUAGAUCUGUGUUUUUAGUGCUUAUGGAGCAGAUGAGGCAGUUGUUUCCUUGAUCUAGUGUGAUUCUUGGUCUUUGAUUCUGUUGUAUAUUUGAAACCUGGGCCUUGCAGAUUAUGUUAACCAGACACUAUGAACGCUUCUGUUGAUACCAACUGCAGUAUACUUCCAUGUGAAUAUGGUGACUAAUCAUCUAGUCUACAGAUGUCCAAUACAAGAUUUUUUGGCUCCAUCUUUCAUUGUCAUUUGAAUUCGAAAUUAUGUAUGAGUGGUGAUACAAAAUAAACUACCUUUCGGGGUGGCCCAGCGGUUUAAGUUUGGGACUUCCAUGUUAGAGGUCUCAAGUUGGGUUCGUCUUCUAUGUGGAGCUCGUCGCACCAGGCUUGCCUAGUGCGGGUUACCUCUUCCAUGUGGUUUGCGAGCUAUUGCAUAGGAGCGGGAUUUUACCCUGUGCGCACCCUAAAGAGUUGCGACCGCGGGUUUCCCUUGUCGUCGAAAAAAAUAAUAUAAACUUACCUUUUGCUACAAUAUUUGCUGUCAUAAUUUAGAUUGACUAUUUUUCACCAAUAGAGAAAUAUGUAAAUAAACAAAUUCUUUCUA